AUGACUCCCGUACGGAAAUACACACUCGUCUCUACCAUGUUGAAACAGCGAUCCAUUUCACGGAACGUCAAGAGCCAUGUGGCUCCAGGGUAUGAUGUUUCCCGAAGGGUAAACCUACCCCUACCUCCGGACUUGGGCCAGUUUGUCCCGAAGGGUAAAUCUACCCCACCUCCAGACUCGGGCAAGUUUGUCCCGAAUGGUAAAUCUACCCCACCUCCAGACUCGGGCAAGUUUGUCCCGAAUGGUAAAUCUACCCCACCUCCAGACUCGGGCAAGUUUGUCCCGAAGGGUACAUUUACCCUGUCCCGAAGGGGUAAAUUUACCCCACCUCCGGACUUGGGCAAGUUUAUCCCGAAGGGUAAAUUUACCCCAUCUCCGGACUCGGGCAAGUUUGUCCCGAAGGUUAAAUUUACCCCACCUCCGGACUUGGGCAAGUUUGUCCCGAAGGGUAAAUCUACCCCACCUCCGGACUUGGGCAAGUUUGACCCGAAGGUGAAAUCUACCCCACCACCGGACUCGGGCAAGUUUGUCCCGAAGGGUAAAUUUACCCCACCUCCAGACUUAAGCAAAUUUGUCCCGAAGGGUAAAUUUACCCUGACCCGAAGGGGUAAAUUUACCACAACUCCGGACUUGGGCAAGUUUAUCCCGAAGGGUAAAUCUACCCCGCCUCCGGACUUGGGGAAGUUUAUCCCGAAGGGUAGAUUUACCCCAUCUCCGGACUCGGGCAAGUUUGUCCCGAAGGGUAAAUUUACCCCACCUCCAGACUCGGACAAGUUUGUCCCAAAGGGUAAAUUUACCCUAUCUCCGGACUUGGGCAAGUUUGUCCCGAAGGGUAAAUCUACCCCACCUCCAGACUCGGGCAAGUUUGUCCCGAAUGGUAAAUCUACCCCACCUCCAGACUCGGGCAAGUUUGUCCCGAAUGGUAAAUCUACCCCACCUCCAGACUCGGGCAAGUUUGUCCCGAAGGGUAAAUUCACCCUGUCCCGAAGGGGUAAAUUUACCCCACCUCCGGACUUGGGCAAGUUUAUCCCGAAGGGUAAAUUUACACCAUCUCCGGACUCGGGCAAGUUUGUCCCGAAGGUUAAAUUUACCCCACCUCCGGACUUGGGCAAGUUUGUCCCGAAGGGUAAAUCUACCCCACCUCCGGACUUGGGCAAGUUUAUCCCGAAGGGUAAAUCUACCCCACCUCCAGACUCGGGCAAGUUUGUCCCGAAUGGUAAAUCUACCCCACCUCCAGACUCAGGCAAGUUUGUCCCGAAUGGUAAAUCUACCCCACCUCCAGACUCGGGCAAGUUUGUCCCGAAGGGUAAAUUUACGCUGUCGCGAAGGGGUAAAUCUACCCCACCUCCGGACUUGGGCAAGUUUGUCCCGAAGGGUAAAUCUACCCCACCUCCAGACUCGGGCAAGUUUGUCCCGAAUGGUAAAUCUUCCCCACCUCCAGACUCGGGCAAGUUUGUCCCGAAGGGUAAAUCUACACAACCUCCAGGCUCGGGCAAGUUUGUCCCAAAGGACUUGGGCAUGUUUGUCCCGAAAGGUAAAUUUACCCCACCUCCAGACUUAAGCAAGUUAGUCCCGAAGGGUAAAUUAACCCCACCUCCAGACUUAAGCAAGUUUGUCCCGAAGGUUAAAUUUACCCCACCUCCAGAUUUGGGCAAGUUUAUUCCGAAGGGUAAAUUGACCCCACCUCCAGACUCGGGCAAGUUUAUCCCCAAGGGUAAAUUUACCCCACCUCCAGACUUGUGCAAGUUUGUCCCCAAAGGUAAAUUUACCCCACCUCCAGACUCGGGCAAGUUUAUCCCGAAGGGUAAAUUUACCCCACCUCCGAACUUGGGCAAGUUUGUCCCGAAGGGUAAAAUUACCCCACCUCAGGACUUGGGCAAGUUUGUCCCGAAGGGUAAAUUUACCCCACCUCCGGACUUGGGCAAGUUUGUCCCGAAGGGUAAAUCUACCCCACCUCCGGACUUGGGCAAGUUUGUCCCGAAGGGUAAAUCUACCCCACCUCCGGACUUGUUCAAGUUUGUCCCGAAGGGUAAAUCUACCCCACCUCCAGACUCGGGCAAGUUUGUCCCGAAUUGUAAAUCUUCCCCACCUCCAGACUCGGGCAAGUUUGUCCCGAAGGGUAAAUCUACACAACCUCCAGGCUCGGGCAAGUUUGUCCCAAAGGGUAAAUUUACGCUGUCGCGAAGGGGUAAAUUUACCCCACCUCCGGACUUGGGCAAGUUUGUCCCGAAGGGUAAAUCUACCCCACCUCCGGACUUGGGCAAGUUUGUCCCGAAGGGUAAAUCUACCCCACCUCCGGACUUGUUCAAGUUUGUCCCGAAGGGUAAAUCUACCCCAACUCCGGACUUGGGCAAGUUUGUCCCGAAGGGUAAAUCUACCCCACCUCCAGACUCUGGCAAGUUUGUCCCGAAUGGUAAAUCUACCCCACCUCCAGACUCGGGCAAGUUUGUCCCGAAUGGUAAAUCUACCCCACCUCCAGACUCGGGCAAGUUUGUCCCGAAGGGUAAAUUCACCCUGUCCCGAAGGGGUAAAUUUACCCCACCUCCGGACUUGGGCAAGUUUAUCCCGAAGGGUAAAUUUACCCCAUCUCCGGACUCGGGCAAGUUUGUCCCGAAGGUUAAAUUUACCCCACCUCCGGACUUGGGCAAGUUUGUCCCGAAGGGUAAAUCUACCCCACCUCCGGACUUGGGCAAGUUUAUCCCGAAGGGUAAAUCUACCCCACCUCCAGACUCGGGCAAGUUUGUCCCUAAGGACUUGGGCAUGUUUGUCCCGAAAGGUAAAUUUACCCCACCUCCAGACUUAAGCAAGUUAGUCCCGAAGGGAAAAUUUACCCCACCUCCAGACUUAAGCAAGUUUGUCCCGAAGGAUAAAUUUACCCCACCUCCAGAUUUGGGCAAGUUUAUUCCGAAGGGUAAAUUUACCCCACCUCCAGACUCGGGCAAGUUUAUCCCCAAGGGUAAAUUUACCCCACCUUCAGACUUGUGCAAAUUUGUCCCCAAAGGUAAAUUUACCCCACCUCCAGACUCGGGCAAGUUUAUCCCGAAGGGUAAAUUUACCCCAACUCCAGACUUAAGCAAGUUUGUCCCGAAGGGUAUAUUUACCCCACCUCCAGAUUUGUGCAAAUUUGUCCCCAAAGGUAAAUUUACCCCACCUCCAGACUCGGGCAAGUUUAUCCCGAAGGGUAAAUUUACCCCAACUCCAGACUUAAGCAAGUUUGUCCCGAAGGGUAUAUUUACCCCACCUCCAGACUUAAGCAAGUUUGUCCCGAAAGGUAAAUUUAUCCCACCUCCGAACUUGGGCAAGUUUGUCCCGAAGGGUAAAAUUACCCCACCUCAGGACUUGGGCAAGUUUGUCCCGAAGGGUAAAUUUACCCCACCUCCGGACUUGGGCAAGUUUGUCCCGAAGGGUAAAUCUACCCCACCUCCGGACUUGGGCAAGUUUGUCCCGAAGGUGAAAUCUACCCCCACCUCCGGACACGGGUUUAUCCCGAAGGGUAAAUCUACCCCAACUCCGGACUUGGGCAAGUUUGUCCCGAAGGGUAAAUUUACCCCGCCUCUGGACUCGGUCAAGUUUGUCGCGAAGGGUAAAUUUACCCCGCCUCCGGACUUGGGCAAGUUUGUCCCGAAGGGUAAAUCUACCCCACCUCCGGACUUGGGCAAUUUUGUCCCGAAGGUGAAUUCUACCCCACCUCCAGACUCGGGCAAGUUUGUCCCGAAGGGUAAAUUUACCCCACCUCCAGAUUUAAGCAAGUUUGUCCCGAAGGGUAAAUUCACCCUGACCAGAAGGGGUAAAUCUACCCCAACUCCGGACUUGGGCAAGUUUAUCCCGAAGGGUAAAUCUACCCCGCCUCCGGACUUGGGCAAGUUUGUCCCGAAGGGUAAAUCUACCCCACCUCCGGACUUGGGCAAGUUUGUCCCGAAGGGUAAAUCUACCCCACCUCCAGACUUGGGCAAGUUUUUCCCGAAGGGUAAAUUUACCCCACCUCCAGACUUGGGGACGUUUUUCCUGAAGGGUAAAUUUACCCCAUCUCCGGACUCGGGUAAAUUUACCUCACCUCCGGACUUGGGCAAGUUUGUCCCGAAGGGUAAAUCUACCCCACCUCCGGACUUGGGCAAGUUUGUCCCGAAGGGUAAAUCUACCCCACCUCCGGAUUUGGGCAAGUUUUUCCCGAAGGGUAAAUUUACCCCACCUCCAGACUUGGGCAAGUUUGUCCCGAAGGGUAAAUCUACCCCACCUCCGGACUUGGGCAAGUUUGUCCCGAAGGUUAAAUUUACCCCACCUCAAGACUCGGGCAAGUUUGUCCCGAAUGGUAAAUCUACCCCACCUCCAGACUCGGGCAAGUUUGUCGCGAAUGGUAAAUCUACCCCACCUCCAGACUCGGGCAAGUUUGUCCCGAAGGGUAAAUUUACCCUGUCCCGAAGGGUAAAUCUACCCCAACUCCGGACUAUUGGGCAAGUUUUUCCCGAAGGGUAA